AAAAUUUUUCUUUUCCAUAUGCUCGGUAAUAAACAACAUUUCAUGACAAUUCGCAUUGAAAUUUAACCUACGCAAUGUUUUUAACGUUCCGCUGCGUAGCCUAGCCGAUGCCGAAUUAUUGAAAAUUAUUGAUUCAUAGUUUGCCGCAACUAGACAAGUUCACGAUUGCACGUAUUCUUUCUGAAUUAUCGGCCGGUAUAAAACCUCAAGACCCGUGGAACAAGCAUCAGUCCUGCCUGGAUCUUUGCUGCUGUCCACCACCCCGUCGUUUAAAUUUUACAUCAUGGCCUUUUUAUUUAAGAUAUUUGUCGCGAUCCUGUUAGCAACUCCAGCCUUCACUGGAAAAACGGGAGGUUAUUCCUAUAACCGGUUCAGUGGGCCUGUCAGCGGUCAGAUCGUCGAAGUCCAAGUACCGGCGGCUGAAGGGAUUCCGGCUCAACAACACGCAGAUUACGGAUACGAUCAUAAUUCAGGGAAAAUACACCCGGACACCGCCAAAUAUGCACAUUUGAAGACCGUAGAUUACGUGGCCAAGCCGGACUACACAUACGCUUACGGCGUAGAAGAUCCUCACACAGGAAACCUCCAGAACCACAAGGAACAGCGUGACGGCGACGUCGUGCGUGGAGAAUAUUCGCUGGUUGAGCCCGACGGUUCCGUUAGACUGGUUAGGUAUACAGCAGACCCGAAGAACGGCUUCCAAGCUGUAGUACACAAGAAGGCCGGAGGUCAAGCCCAAGCGCCCGUACAUUACGGACAUCCGAAACAAGACGAAGAUGACUCCAACGACUACUAGUCUUAUAAAACUUUUAAAUAGUACAUAGUACCGAUGUUGACUUAUUUAUUAUUGUUAUACUUUAUUAAAUCGUUG